UCCUACCGGCUGGGCGGCAAUUGAACGCACCACGACUCUUGUUUUCUGCGGCCAAAAUUUCAGGCCGGCAGCGAAUUUUAGCCUCAACAAAGGCCGAGAAAAGCCACCCGGGGAGGCCGAGGGUGGACAAUUUGAACCCCGAAAAGGACUCCGACGUCAUGCCUCUCCACAGCAUUUGGCCCUGAAAGCCGUCACCAUGGGCAACGAGGACAGCCUCGAGGACGCGUUUGUCGCUGUCCUUCGACCCAAGAACCAAGUCAGCCUCAGCUCCAAGGAGUACAGAGCCAAAGCCUAUGAGAUCUUGCUGAGUGAAAUACCCUUGGAAGGGAAGGAGAAAAAAAAGAAGAAAAUUCUCCCAGCGACCAAGAUCCAAGCGGCAGGAGACAAAUCCAAAUUCAUCUUGGACUAUGUUGCUGACACCAUCAAACCCUCGUCCAACAAUCACAGCUUCGUCGGGAAACGUGUGGUUCAUAUGAAGAAAUUCCCCCUGUGUGGGGACAAUGACGUCAAAGAGGCGUCGCUGUUUGUGGUGCCGCUUGGCGUAAAAGACAACAGCAAACCUGUCCACAAUGCGGGCGGCCCGAGUUUUUACUGCCUGCAGGACAUCAUGAGGGUUUGCAGCGAGACCAGCACUCACUUCUGUCCCGUCACUGCCAAGAUGCUCCUGUCCUUGGACAAGUGGCUAGCAGAGCAGCACACCGUGCCUCAUGCCAUCACGGCAUUGUUCCGCCCGGCGCCCGUGGAGAGGGUGAAGACCAACGUCAGCAACCCGGCUUACGGCGGCGAGGGCAGAGUGAGCGACGAGGGCCUGCACAUGGGCUACACGGCGUUAGAGAUCAAGAGCAAGAUGAUGUCCCUAGAGAAGGCAGACAUGUGCAUCCUAAACCCACUCUACGGCUCUGACCUGCAGUACACCAACCGGGUUGACAAAGUUAUCAUCAACCCAUACUUUGGGCUGGGAGCACCAGACUACUCCAAAAUUCAGAUCCCGACAAGGGAGACCUGGCAGCACGGCGCCAACUGCACAGCUGAGGACAAGGAGCGUCAGUGGGUGGACGACUUCCCGCUUCACCGCAGCGCCUGUGAGGGAGACACGGAGCUGCUCUCCAAGCUCCUGGACAGCGGCUUUUCCGUCAAGCAGCUGGACAGCGACCACUGGGCCCCCAUCCACUAUGCUUGCUGGCAUGGCAAAGCCGAGGCGACCAAACUGCUGCUGGAAAAGGGUAAAUGCAACCCGAACCUGCUGAACGGACAGCUCAGCUCACCUCUGCACUUUGCCGCAAGAGGUGGCCACAGCGACAUUGUGCAACUCCUGCUGCAGCACCCCGAAAUCGACCGGCACAUAGAAGACCAGCAGAAGCGAUCACCACUGCAAGUGUGUGAGGAGAACAAACAGAACGAAUGGGAGGAGACUGUGAAGCUUCUGCAGCAAGCCAACAGCAAACCAUACGAGAAGGUGCGCAUCUACCGCAUGGAUGGCUCAUACCGCUCCGUGGAGCUGAGGCACGGCAACAACACCACAGUGCAGCAGAUCAUGGAGGGCAUGCGUCUGUCCCAGGAGACCCAGCAGUACUUCACCAUAUGGAUCUGCUCUGAAAACCUCCACCUGCAGCUGAAGCCGUACCACAAGCCAUUGCAGCACCUGCGCAUCUGGACGGAGAUUGUGACGGAUCUGACUGUGCUGGACCCGCAAAGGGAGACGGCUCAGCUCUUCCUCCGCAGGGACGUCCGCUUACCUCUGGAGAUCGAGAAAAAGGUGGAGGAUCCGCUGGCCAUCCUCAUCUUGUUUGACGAGGCCCGGCACUGCCUGCUGAAGGGUUUCUUCCCGGCUCCCGACAGCAAGCUGAUCACGCUGGCCAGCUUCCUGCUGCAGAUCAUCUACGGAAACUACGAAAGCAAGAAGCACAAACAAGGCUUCCUCAAUGAGGAAAACCUAAAGUCCAUCGUGCCCAUAUUAAAAGUGAAAAGCAAAGCGUACCACUGGACCAACAGGAUUCUUCAUGAAUACAAAGCACUGAGCACCAGUGAAGGUGUGAGCAAGGAGAUGCACCACUUGCAGCGUCUCUUCCUGCAGAACUGCUGGGACAUACCCACCUAUGGCGCCGCCUUCUUCACUGGCCAGGUGUACACCAAGGCCAGCGCCAGCAACCACAAGGUUAUUCGCGUCUACGUUGGCGUCAACACCAAGGGGCUCCACCUCAUGAACAUGGAGACCAAGGUGCUUCUCAUCAGCUUAGAGUAUGGCACAUUCAUGUGGCAGCUAGGACACGCUGACCAGUACUUCCAAGUACACAGCGGCGAGAACAAAAUGAACUUCAUUGUGCACACCAAGCAGGCUGGCCUCAUCGUGAAGCUAUUAAUGAAACUUAGCGGACAGAUGACACCCAACGACAAAGGCCCUGCAGACAAAUACGCUUACGGCUGAACCAAGAGUGCUCGGGACAACACAGCUGCCAAACCAUUUCAACGCCGAAUAAUAAAUGACUACAACUGAGGGCAGUUUGCUCAUGUACUCUGAUUUUCACAAGUUCUGCGAGUGUGUGUGUUUUGACAAAUGCUAUGUAAAUAUGUUUAUUUAAUAAUUUGUUAUAAUAAAUUGAAUGUUUGAAUAAGA